AUGAUCGCCUCCACUUCGACUUCGUUCAACUGGAUUCUACCCACAAGCAGCUCUGGGGGCUCGGUGAAAGGGCCCAUCAAGUCAGUCUCCAAGCCGUGCUUCGGGUGCGACUGUGGCGAUGAGGAGUACGCAAGCCACCAUAACCUCCCCUGCACGUUUGAUCGUGUGGUGCAGCGGAAACGAAAACCGGAGGAAGAUGAUAGCAAUCACCCUAAGAGUUCCCGGCUUUCCGAAAGAAUUAGUCGCAUCGAGCAGCUCUUGGCGGAGAAUUUGAUGCGGGAGUCUAACUCUGAACCGAUGGACUAUACGCAUAUUAUUGACGACAAUCCUAUUAACAUCAACACUACCAACACCACUGCAAGCAACUCCCCAAGCAGCACCGGUGCUAGUAGUAUCAGCAAUCAGCCCAUACUUUCAUCUUCAGUGGGUGUUCACUUCGCCGGCCGAGAGCUGGGUGUCAUCAGUCUCCUCACUGGUAUCCCAUUCCUCCUACCAGAGGGCCAAGAAUGGAUUCAGGCUCGCACAGGACAGACUAUUUCAAGCGAGAAACUCAGUCCAUCACGGGUGCCCUGGGAGAAAGAGCGAGGCCAGAGCUCUAAUGAAAUAAUGAUGAACUUACGAAACGAUGACCUAUUUGAAUUGCCGGACCGCCAAAGCGUGCAGAUGUACUUUGACGCUUACAAGCAGUCAAUAGUGAUGCGCCGACUCUUCCCCGUCGUUGAUAUCGAACUGUUCGCCGAAACUAUCAAUGAAGCGUACCGACAGCCCAAAUCGGGCUUUGAAUUUGGGCAAGCGAGUACCCGAGCAUGCAUUAUCGCCUUUGCUGCUUUUGUUGCUCGUCUUCCACCCGUUGUUCAAUUUAUCAGAAGGUUGUCCUCCACUGCACUUCAAGUUGAUCAUGAGGUUUUAGCUUCCAAGGCCCAGUUUUUACUUUCGCAGGUUAUGCAAGAACCUGCGAGCCUAGAAGGUGCGCAGGCUGUGACCAUGCUGACCUUGUACGAGGUAUCGUCAGGCAAUAUGCGAGCCACCAACUAUUUUGCUGCAAUAGCAGCACGUCUAAUCUUCAUGCUGGGCGGUAAUUUGAACAGCAACAAAUUAUAUUCGAAUAGCAAACAAGACCGACGGAGGCAACAGCAAGUGCGCAAUCUCUUUUGGAUUUGUUACACAAUGGACAAAGAUGUUGCUCUUCGCAUUGGGCAACCACCCACCAUUGCCGAUGAAAAUUGCGAUCUCACCCUUCCACCGGGCUAUGCUGAAUAUGCAUUUCUGGACCCCGAAGACGCGAAGUUGUCCCACUCACAGCCAAGUUUUCCAUUCGACUUGCGUCUGAGCAUUAUCAAAUCUCGCACCCAUACCGCUCUCUAUUCUGUGGGCGCGAUCCACAAAUCCGAUGCUGAUCUUCUAAAAUCCAUUCGGGAGUUGGAUGACGAAUUGGAGGAAUGGCGAUUGUCUAUUCCACCUCAAUGGCGACCUACCAUGUCUUUUUCGGCCGAGGCAUCGGAUCCAAAUGUUACUAUGCAUUCAAUCAUGCUGCGUCUCAACUACUAUCUCUGUAUGUCCAUCAUCCAUUCGGCAAGCAGUAGAUGCAAAGCAUGGAGGCAAGGAAACGGAAUGCUGGAUGGAGUCAAUUCGAGCCUCGCUUUAUCGGUCGAGGCUAGCCGUUCAACUCUUUGUUACUUGGAGGCAGGAGAGCAUGUGUUGGUCGAGGGUAUUUUCUGGAUUUUGGUUUACUACCCCAUCUCGGCAUUUCUCAGCAUCUUCUGCAGUAUUCUUUCGAACCCGCUAGACCCUCGCUCGCGUGAUGAUCUGGAACGUCUCAAUAUGGCGACGGUCAUGAUGGAGCGCAUCUUUCACCGAAAGCUUCCUGCGAGUGAAAUCGGUCACUUCAAGCUCGUAGCUGACUUCGUCGCGGAGAUGAAACGUCUGGCUGAGUGUGCUGUUGACAAGGCGUGGCGUGAGCAGAGUGCUGGCUCGCUUCUGCCUCAGUAAAAUUUUCCUUGUGUCCUUCUGUAU